CGCUGCUGAAGCGCAUCGGUCUCAUUUAAAGGUUGCAUAACAUCACCACAGCAUCAACACAUUCUCAUCACAUUCUCUGCUGAGCUUCACGUCUCUGAGGGUUUGUGUUUAGAUCUGUAAAGUUCAGCCAUGGGCAGAUUAAGAAAGAAACACAACUGGAAAGGCAGACAGCAGAGCACAUCUGCGCAGACAGCUGCUGCAGACAGACAGACAGAUGUGCAGGUGGAGAUACAAGAUGGAGCCAUGCUUAAAGGAGUAGACGACUGCAACGCUCUUGUUCUGCCCGCCACCAAAACCAAGAAACAAAAAGUAGAGCAUCCUGUAGCCAAGAAAAAAGCCCUGACAAAGAAGCAGAAGAAGAACCUGGAGAAAGUUCUGGAGCUGAAAGAGAAAAAAGCCCAUAGAGCAGAUAUAUUAUCUAAACUAGCUGAGGUUCAGCUGCCUGAUUCAGAGCUCAAACUACUUUACACGACAUCUAAACUCGGCACUGGAGACAAACUCUACCAGACCAAAGAAUCUGUGAAUGAAGAUCAGAAUGCUGAUUCAACUACUGUCAGGAUCAGCAGUGUGAGCAGAGCAAACAGAAAGAGAAGAAGACAGGUGGAUGAUGAUGAUGAUGAUAAGGAUGAAGAGCGAUCUGAGAAGUCCGAGACAUCAGAGGAGGAUGAUGAUGAGGGGUCAGACUCAUCUGAGGAAGAGGAGGAAAACCCCACAGAAGAGCCGCAGCUGCUGAGAGAGGAGGCGAAACAGAAAGAGACUGAUGUUAAGGAAGAGAAGAACGAUAAAGACGUGAAAGAGGAAAUGCAUAAGAAAGAAGACUGUAAACCUGCCGUGUUUAUUCCUGUGGAUCGGCUGCCGGAGAUUCAGGUGAUCAUGGAGGCGGUGAGGGAAAAAGAGUGUGUGGUGUUGUCUGGAGAGACGGGCAGCGGGAAAACCACACAGGUGCCUCAGUUCCUGUAUGAGGCGGGAUACGCCAGCUCUGGUGGUAUUAUUGGUGUGACGGAGCCCAGGAGAGUGGCGGCGAUCAGCAUGUCUCACCGUGUUGCCACAGAGAUGAAUUUACCCAGCGGGUAUGACAUCUGUGCAGUGAAGAAAUACAGUGAUGUUAGCACGGAUUUCCUGCUGCAGAAAUACAGUGUGGUCAUCAUAGAUGAAGCUCAUGAGCGCAGCGUCUACACCGAUAUCCUCAUCGGCCUCCUGUCACGCAUCGUCCCACUCCGCAACAAGAAAGGCUUACCCAUGAAGCUGAUCAUCAUGUCGGCGACGCUUCGCGUGGAGGACUUCACCGAGAACAAGAGACUCUUCCGAACUCCUCCACCGGUCAUCAAGGUGGAGGCCCGUCAGUUUGCGGUCACGGUUCAUUUUAAUAAACGCACGCCAAUGGACAACUACACUGGAGAAGCUUUCCGUAAGAUCUGCAAGAUUCACCGUAUGCUGCCGCCAGGUGGGAUUCUGGUGUUUCUGACGGGUCAAGCGGAGGUUCAUUCUGUGUGUCGCAGACUGAGGAAGGCUUUCCCUUACAGACCCCACCGAGAGCACACAGAUUCGAUGGAAACAGAAGAAGAUCUGAAGAAGUCAAAAAGAGCAAAGAAAAAGAAGAAUAUGUCCCUCCCGAGGAUCAAUCUGAACAGUUACUCGGCUCUGCCUGUGGACGAGGGCGAUGAGGAUCGUCAGGCAGGCAUUGAUGACAAUGAUGAUGAGGGUUCAGACCUGGAGCUGGGAGAUCAUCCAGACAGCGAUCACGAGGAGAAGGCCGAUCCGUCCAUCCCGCUGUAUGUGCUUCCUCUCUACUCUCUGUUGGCUCCCGAGCAGCAGGCAAAGGUUUUCCGUCCUCCUCCCGCUGGAGCGCGUCUGUGCGUCGUUGCGACCAACGUGGCCGAGACGUCCCUGACAAUCCCCGGCAUCAAGUAUGUGGUGGACUGCGGUCGAGUGAAGAAGAGGUUUUAUGACAGAGUGACAGGCGUCUCCUCCUUUAAGGUCACCUGGAUCUCACAGGCUUCAGCCAAUCAGAGGGCAGGAAGGGCGGGCAGAACAGAGCCAGGCCACUGCUAUAGGCUCUAUUCGUCCGCUGUGUUUGGAGAUUUUAGUUUGUUUUCAGAGGCUGAAAUCACACGGCGUCCCGUCGAUGACCUCGUUCUUCAAAUGAAAGACCUCAACAUUGAAAAGGUUGUGAAUUUCCCGUUCCCAACUCCUCCCUCAUCCGAGGUGCUGAUCUCUGCCGAACAGCUCCUGAUCUCUCUGGGAGCGCUGGAGGAACCGCCUCGACGCGGACGUUUGGGUGAGAUGGAGCGGGCACGUCUGUCAUGUCCCAUAACCCCUCUGGGCCGCGCAAUGGCCGCGUUUCCCGUAGCACCGCGGUAUGCUAAGAUGCUGGCGCUGGGCCGUCAGCAGGGCUGUAUGCCGUAUAUCAUCACCAUAGUGGCUGCCAUGACCGUCAGAGAGAUCUUUGAGGAUUAUGACAGGCCUGCGGCCAGCGAGGAGGAGAGCACUAAGAUGGCAGGGAAGAAAGCCAGAUGUGUUCAGAUGAGGAGGUUAUGGGCUGGUCAAGGACAGUCAGUUCAGCUGGGAGAUCUGAUGGUUCUGCUGGGGGCGGUUGGUGCUUGUGAAUUUGCGGGCUGCACUCAUCAGUUCUGUGAGGAAAAUGGGCUUCGGUACAAAGCGAUGCUGGAAAUCCGAAGACUACGAGGACAGCUGACCAAUGCUGUGAAUGCCGUGUGCUCUGACGCUGGCGUAUAUGUGGAUAAUAAGAUGGCUCCUCCGACAGCGUCUCAGGUGCUGUGUUUACGGCAGAUCGUACUGGCAGGUUUAGGAGAUCACAUCGCCAGACGAGUGCAGGCCGAGGAGCUGCUCGACCCCAAAUGGAGGAACGGCUACAAGACUCCUCUGCUGGAUGAUCCAGUGUUCAUUCACCCAUCAUCUGCCCUUCAUAAGACGCUUCCAGAGUUUGUGGUUUAUCAGGAAAUCAUGGAGACCACCAAGAUGUACAUGAGAGGUGUUUGUGCCGUUCAGGCCGAAUGGAUUCCGAAGCUCCUCCCACAAUACUGUCACUUCAGCGCUCCGGAGGAAAGCCCCGCCCCCUGGUUCUGCCCACUGAGCGACCGAGUGAAGUGUCACCAGCAGAGCACCUUCUACAGAGUCAGUUGGAAGCUUCCUGCCAUUGAGAUGGAUUACCCAGAGGGCCUUGAGCAUUACAAACUGUUUGCAAAGUUUUUCCUGGAGGGCCAGGUUUCUCCCAAGAUUCAGCAGUUCAGCAGAUGUUUACUGUCGUCACCCUCCACCAUGUUGAAGACCUGGGCCAAGCUGCAGCCGCGGACUGAAACUCUUCUGACGACGCUGGUGUCAGAGAAAGUCAACAACAGAACCUCUUUAGAAGCUGCGUGGAAGAAAGAUGAAAGAUAUCUGCUGUCAGCGUUUUGUCAGUGGAUCCCUGAGUCUCUUCAUGCAGAGGUCAGUAAAAGCUGGCCACCGAUCUGACUCGGUGACCUCUGACCUGUCUGACUACAUGCCGACCUGCACUGGCCUUUUAAUCAUAAACGCAGCAGGACAUGCGUGCCGUAAGACAUUUUUAAUGAACAGGAUCUUCCUGCUUGUGCCUCAUUCUCUGACAUCACACGGAUGGUCUCCUCUGAAAGCCUGUGGACAGAUGAAGACUUCCAGUGUAAAACGAUGUCAAGAACUCACGCGGACUUCUUUUUGUAAAAAUCUUCAGAUCAGAACACCAAAACAAAUAAAUUCC